GCUCAGGGGGCGCGCCGCUUGCGCGCCACUCGGCUCGAGCGCGCCGCUUGAGUCACCAUGGCGAAGGCGUCGCUGAAUGUGACGAUCCCCCCGGGCAUGAAGGCUGGCCAGGAGAUCCAGGCAGUGAGCCCGGACGGGACAGUGGUCCAGGCCACCAUCCCCAAAGGGAUGAAGCCAGGUCAGACUUUCCAGGUGCAGUACACUCCAGUUGCUCCAUCCGCGCCAUCGUCGGGCAAUGGUUCCGGUUUCGGGGCGGGCACCCGGCUCUGUGAAAUGUAUUCUGGAGGGGACUUGAUGAUACUGGCCGCGCUGGUGGUGGUAGGCUUUGCUCUGCCCGUGUUGCUGAAAAAUGGCGGGGGGCUGCUGAAUUUUCUCAGCACCUACGUGGUCCCCAUCGUUUGCGCAGGCCUUGCAAUCGCUUACGAUUGGGACACGAAAGGCCCCACCGUAGCGCUGAAGAGCACGUUGGCAGCCGCCGCCAUCGCCUGGUUGAUCGUGGUGCCACUUGGGGUGGUGACGCACUCGCUGCUUCACUACUUCACCUCGGUGCUGCUGGUAGCUUCCUGCCUUGCGCUUUGCUUCGCUGCUCUGGUGAGCUUUGGAGUUGCAGGGGGCUUUUUGGCCUUUCUGAUCAUGAUUCUGUUCGUUAUGUUCGGAGGCGUGCUCACCUGGCUGAUCAGCGGCCCUUUGGGGACUGCCGUUGCUUUCAUGGGCGCAUUCUUUUGCAUGAGAGUGUUCUUCAGCUUGCUGUCCAGAGGCCCGCUGCACCCAGCGACCUGGCCCGACGUGAACGUAGUGAAGCCUGAGUCCGAGGAGUACCGCACUCAAAGCGACUCGUUCCUGUCGUCCUGCGAGCCUUGGGCGCACAAGUACGACUUCGACCUGCGCAUCAAGAAGAUCUACCGCAUAGACCGCGCCGCUCCGAAUCAGUCCCAGGCCCCGUCGGCGGAAGGGGGCCGCCAGCUCUUCCACGGCACGCCGUGGGAAGCGGCGAUGGGUAUUGUCUGCGACGGCUUCCGGUUGCCUCAGCACCCAGGCAUGUUCGGGAGGGGCAUCUAUUUCGCUGACUGUCCGCUGAAAUCCUGGCGGUAUUGCUUUCAAAGCAAAUCGAUGGCUGAGACGUUGCCCAGGCUCACAGGCACAGGCGGCUACAUCCUGAUGUGCUGGGUGGACCUGGGGAAGACGCGGCAGGAGAAAGAAGCCAAGCCUGAGCUGAAAGGCUACAACAGGAGCAGUUGGAUGAAUUGGUUCACAGGUCACAGACAUGCCUAUGACUCAGUACAGGGGCUCACGGAGGAAGAUGGCGGCGCCUUGAGGGUUCCAGAGUACAUCGUGUAUGACCCUAAACAGGUCCGCCUCGCGUACCUCUUCGAGGUGGAAAAGCUUGAUCGCGGGCAGCCUGUUGCGUGAGCGUGAGGAACCAGGGGUCGAUGGUCAAGCGGCCCCACUGAGUCACUCUCGGGUGG